AUGGAUAGUGCUGAGUUCCAUGCUGCUGUCUAUGAUACCGUCAGGCUCAUACCACAUGGUAGAGUCACCUCCUAUGGGCACAUCGCAAAACUCAUAGGGCAGCCGAACUACUCUAGACAUGUCGGACAAGCGCUGAAAUUUCUGUCUCCCAAUACGAACCCGCCAGUACCGUGGCAUCGAGUUAUAGCGUCUUCGGGUGCUAUAUCGUCCCGCGGGCCCGGAACCAACGGUGCCCAACUACAGCAGGAGGCGCUCGAAGCUGAGGGCGUUGAAGUCACAGUGGGACGCACUGGCGAGCUCCGAGUGGAUAUGAAGACUUGGGGAUGGUUUCCAGCUCCUGGAUCCAUCGACAUCGCUGAAGCGUCCUCGGAUGAUGGUAGCGCGCAAUAG